CAGAAAUGAAGGUUUUGAACAACAAAAGAGGAUUAAAGAUUAAGAAGGAUCUGUUUAAUAAUAAGCCUAAUCUGUCCUUACGUGGAUGCACUUUUGAUGUGAACCAUCUGCAUAAGUUUAUUACUAGUGGAGGGAUGUCCUCUCCAUUGGGGAGUUAUCCUAAGAUGACGAAAACACCAGCUCCAAAGUUGAAGAGUGUCAAAUCACAGCCAGAUACUUCUGCUCUAUUUACCAGAACUAGGUAUAGUAGAGGGCUUUCACAGCAGAGAAACCGGAGUAGUAAAAUUAUUGGAUCAGAAUUCAUGACAAAUAUUCGGCCUAGCUCAACAUUCCUCUCAGUUCCAAGAUACACAACUGCGUAUCUCAUAGGAGACAAAGCUAAUUUCUACACAAGCGUAAAAGAGCCUACAAGGGACCCUGACUCGGUCGAAAGCGAAAUUGCUAAUUUUGACUCAGAUAAAGCCCAAAGAAAAACAGCAUUGGGGACAAAGAAUAAAAUUUUAAGUGAUCUAGGGUCCAUGUACAACAAUACAAUUCCUUUAUCUCCACAGACAAGCAAUUUCUUAAUGUCUCCCAAAGAGAGGAGGAAGGAGGUCAAAGAAAUGAAAGAAAAGCUUUCCCAGUAUUUAAACCUCAAAGAACAAGCAAUGUUUGUGAAUAAGAGGAAUAGGCAAUUGAAAUAUGGUUAUCGAGAUAAUAUAAGAGAUCAGAUAAUCCGUCCAAAGACUACGAACAACUUCUUCUCAUCAAGAAAGCCUCAAAAGACAAGGGAUGGUCUCAAGACUUCUAAAUAAUGCUCGGUAUAGAAGAAGGCUUCAAAUUGAAAAGACAGGGACUAACAGCCAGAUUGAAUUCUUUUGUGACCAGAAAACUUCUAAAGGAAACUCAAGUAAACAGCCUGUAGUUGACAUAGCAAUCGGGUGGAAUAGAAAGAAGGAACCUCAGGUUAGACAACCCUCUAAUACCUUCAAUAAUGUAUUCAAUAUGUAGACGACCAAUGUUCUAGAAUC